AUGAAGAUCCUUCAAAAAAUUAAUGCUGUUCAUCUUCUGCUCCUCUGUGUCAAUCUGUUGCUUCCACUUUUGUCUGAUGGUUUAGAACCAAAUAUUGAUAAAUUGAAAGGCGAAUUCGAUUGUUUUUCUUCUGAAGUGUUGAACAAUAAAGUAGUUAGCGAUGAAGGAGUGUAUUCAGAUAAAGGGGAUGAGUUCUAUGCAAUCGGUCCAAACAACAUGAAUAAGAAUAUUGCAUUCCAAAUAAAUAUAAAUAAAUACCGUGAAGACUCAAACUCCCUUAAAAAUGAAAAACAAGUUGAUGCUAAAUUCGAAAAAGAACGUGUUCUGCUAAAAGCUAGAUCUUGUGAAAAUAAAACUAAAAAUAUAUUUUCUCAUAAUUGCUUUACAAGACAUUACGUGCAACUUUCUUGAUACA